AUGGUGAAAUUUCUUCUGAGUCGAAGAGCGAACGUUGCCGCCUGUACCGACGGUUUCGACAACACGGCCCUUCCCUGGGCCGCAAAACUCAAUCUGGACAACAGUCACAAAGACAUAAUAAGAAUGCUUAUGGAGCACAGAAGUGACCCAAACCAUAAAAACGUGAAAUCGCUGACACCAUUCAAUUACAUCGUCCAGCUCGGCGACCUCGACUUGGUGACUUUCUUCAUCGACGAGCACAAAGCGGACCUCAAGAAGCUGAAACCGGACAAAAGCAACGCUCUGGCAUUUGCGGCUCAAAACGAGCACGAGCAAGUGAUGGACCUAGUGCUGAAGAAUGAAGUGAAUAUCAACCAAAGUUGUAAAUAUCAAUUGAUAACACUGCUGCACCACGCAAGCUCAGUGUCCCUGCUGAAAAAUGUUCAACGGCUGAUCUCUGAGGGCGCCGAAGUUAAUGCCGAGGAUUGGAGGGAAUAUACACCAAUAUUCAAUUGCAUAAUAGAACUGCAUGUACUUCUCGCUGUCUUGCCGCUGGUCUUCUUUCGAGUUGACUUCGGAGAAGAAAGAAAACAAGUGAUACGACUACUGCUAGAGAGUGGAAGCGACGUCAAUCACAAUCCGACUUUCGAACAGACCAAGAUGACUAUUCUCGAAUACUUUUUGUCUUAA